AUGUUAAUUCUAACUAUUUCUAUCUUAUUUAUCUGUACUCCUAUUAGUCACACAUCUGAAUCACGUAUCAAAUAUGGUGGUUAUGCUUUAAAUGCUCUUCAACGUUUAUUAAAUUUCUUUGAAUCUAAUGCAGAUAAUUUAAAUCUUGAUGGUUUGUAUGGUUUACGUAUCGCUCAAGGACAAUUAAAUGCUCUUGAACAAAUAUUAGUUUCAUCGAAAAAUAAACAAAUUAUUUUGACUGAUAAAAAUCAUAUUAUUCAUUCAUUAUCAAUACAAAUUGAACGUAUAGCAAAUAUUAGUUUAAAUACAAUUGCACAUGAACAAUCUUUAUAUUUACAUCGAUUUUCACUUGUUGUUUACCAACCAUUUAUAAUUGAAUAUCGAAUAAGAAAAAUUAAUAAGAAUUUAAUUGAACAAGGCAAAAGAAAUGCUAAUUUUGAUGAGGAAGAAUCUGAUAAAUGUUUUGCUGAAUUACUUGGUUCAAGCGAUCAUUUAAAUUCGACUAAAUGUUUUAUAAGUAAAUCAUGUUGGAAAAUGAUGACAUCUCCAUUGAGUAAGAAUUACCGUUUAACACAUCAAUUAUUAUGGUUUUUAAUUGCAAAAAAUAUAAAUUGCAUAGAUCAAGAUAUAGCAAAUGAAAGAGUAAAUCAUUUCGAAGAUAUGUUUUGUGCUAAUAUAUAUGAAGAUGCUAAAUUAAAUUUAUUUAAUAAUAUAAAUCAAGAUUUAUUUCUUGAACAAAUAUUACUUUGUUCAAUAAUUGGUUAUGAAGAUUUUUUACGUUUUGAUUGGUUUAAUACAAUAUUAACAUGGCAACAUCCUGAUUAUGAUUGUUUUAGUGAUGCAUCAGAAACUAUUCGAUUUCAUCGUCAUGAAAAACGACAUUUAUUAAUUGAACAAGAAAUGAAUCAUGCUUGUUUAUCACAUAAAAGUGGUUUAGCAGCAGGAUUAUUAGCUACUUAUUCUCGAGCUUUUUUACAAUAG